AUGUCUGAGCAAACUUACCGUACCGGAUUGUCGUUCUUAAAGUACGUCCAAUUGAAUUCUUAUUUCUUGAGACGUGUUAUCAAGGAUCCAAAAGUAAGAAAAGUUGAAAUGAGAAAAGCUAACGCUUUCAAGGACGCAGUUUUUGAAAGGGUUGAAGGAGAUGCUGAAACUCCAAUAGAAGACCUUCCAAGACAAAUUCAUCAGCUGAAGUAA